AGAGGGGGCGGCUCCAGGCUCUGCUUCUUGUAUGACAGGAGCUGCUGCUGCUGCUGCUGCUGAGCUUCUUUCCUCUCCCAGGCUGUACAGAUGGCUGCUGCUAGUGAGGCUCAGAGAGUGCUGGUGUAUGGAGGCAGAGGAGCUCUGGGCUCCAAGUGUGUGGACUACUUCAAGUCCAAGAACUGGUGGGUGGCCUCCAUAGACGUAGGCGAAAAUGCAGCCGCGAGCGCCAACGUUGUCGUCAGACUGUCAGAUUCUUUUUCGGAGCAGUCAGAAGAGGUCACAUCAGCUGUGGAUCAGCUUCUCGGUGGACAGAAGGUAGAUGCAAUCUUAUGUGUAGCUGGAGGCUGGGCAGGAGGAUCUGCAAAAGCAAAAUCUUUUUAUAAGAACUGUGAUCUCAUGUGGAAACAGAGUGUAUGGACGUCAACCAUUUCCAGCCACCUAGCUACGAAGCAUCUGAAAGAAGGGGGGCUGCUCACAUUAUCCGGUGCAAAUGCUGGACUAUCCGCAACUCCAGGAAUGAUUGCCUAUGGAAUGGCUAAAGCGGCAGUACAUCAGCUCUGCCAGAGCCUCGGCGGGGAGAAGAGCGGACUGCCCGGGAAUUCUGCUGCUGUAGCCAUCCUGCCCGUUACCUUGGAUACACCAGCGAACAGAGCUUCAAUGCCUGAUGCAGACUUUUCAUCCUGGACACCAUUAGACUUUAUCGCUGAGACAUUUUUUAACUGGACUACUGGGAGCAAUAGGCCCAAAUCCGGUAGUCUUAUACAGGUGAUCACCACAAAGGGGAAAACAGAGCUUGUUCCAGCCCAGCUGUGAGAGAGGCCGACCUGGUCUGUGAUCUGGAAGCUGCUCAGCAAUGGUUUAAUUAUUUUCUCCACUAUUCCUUUACGUGCAGUUACAAUAUUUUCUGUUUAACCUAUUUGUAUUAAAGGAUUUCUGAUAACUC